AUGCCGGGCAAAAUCAUCGCCGUCACGUCGGCUUCGCACUUCUCCCAGCUUCUCUCGCAAUCUACAUACACCAUCGUAGACUUCUACGCCGACUGGUGCGGGCCAUGUAAAGCCAUUGCGCCCGUCUUCCAGAAUCUGGCAGAGAAGGAGACGAAGCCAGGAAGGAUGCAGUUUGUCAAGGUGGAUGUUGAUAGCCAGCAGGAGGUUGCAAGAAAAUAUGGCGUCAGCGCCAUGCCAACUUUCUUGGUAAUCAAGUCCAACUCGGUUGUCGAGACCAUCCGCGGCGCAAACCCCUCUGCCCUCACUGCCGCCGUGCGCAAAGCUGCCAGCGACACAUCUGGUCCGGGCGCCGCAUCCACUGCCUUCCAGUCCAAAGGGCGCACGCUUGGGUCAGCCGAGGAACCCAGUCGCCCGGUCGGGGACAGUCCAUUCGCAGGUUUACAACGCAUGUUGAUGGGCAACGGCGGCCUGACGGAUUUGGUGAUCAGAUUUGCAGCCUUGUACUUUAUCAGUCUAUUCGCGUUUGACGCGUUCAAGGCUGCGGAAGAGAGCCCAUUCAAUGUGAAGGCGAAGCGGUGA